CGGGUUUUCAGGCGGAUGUUGCGCGCUCUUUAUCCCCUUUAUUUAGUUGUAGCAAGUUUCUCACUGUAUGGAUUGGAGCUUGUUUAAUAAUCAUGGCUGGCCAGGAGAUGCGUCUAAACCACACUAUUUACAUCAACAAUUUGAAUGAGAAGAUAAAAAAAGAUGAACUGAAGAAGUCGCUUUAUGCUAUAUUCUCCCAGUUUGGACAAAUCCUGGAUAUCCUUGUUUCCCCUGCACUGAAAAUGAAGGGUCAAGCCUUUGUGAUCUUCAAGGAGAUCAACAGUGCUUCCAACGCACUCCGCUCCAUGCAGGGCUUUCCAUUUUAUGAUAAACCUAUGCAUAUUCAGUAUUCAAAGCAGGACUCUGAUAUCAUUGCAAAGAUGAAGGGUACGUUUAUGGAGCGGGAUCGUAAGAAAGAGAAGAAAAAGCCUAAAGGCCCUGAUGCAACUGCUGGGAAAAAGAGUACUUCUGCUGCCACACCUGCUAUGGCUGGAGUACAUGCAGCCGUGCCUGGAAUGCCACCCAUGAGUCAAGCCCCUCGCAUGAUGCCAAUGCCUGGUCAGCCUCCCUACAUGCCUCCACCUGGUAUGAUGCCACCACCUGGCAUGGGACCUGGACAGAUGCCACCUGGUGCCAUGCCACCAGGGCAGAUGAUGCCAGGUCAAAUGCCAGGCCAGAUGCCUCCACAGGUUUCAGAAAACCCUCCCAACCACAUCCUGUUUCUUACCAAUCUCCCAGAGGAGACCAACGAACUUAUGCUGUCCAUGCUUUUCAACCAGUUCCCUGGAUUCAAAGAGGUUCGUCUCGUCCCUGGUCGUCACGAUAUCGCCUUUGUGGAGUUUGACAAUGAGGUGCAGGCGGGUGCAGCCAGAGAAGCACUGCAAGGGUUUAAGAUCACACAGAGCAGUGCUAUGAAAAUCUCCUUUGCCAAGAAAUAACUUCUUUGUGCACACUAACACUCACACAUACAUGCAGCUCCUACGACAGAUGGCAGUUCCACAGGCCUGCGUUAAAUGCAUUUUUAAUUGAUGUAUAUCCAGAAAAGGAAAGUAAAUUUGCGUUUUAUUUUAAAAUAACAUGCCUAGCCUUGCCACAGUUAUUUUAGUUUUAUAUUUGACAAUACAAAUUUAGCAGUGGGGGAAGAUUAAUUUUCAUCUUUACAUUUUUUUUGUUGUCUUUCUCUCUUCUCUGAGAGGAUCGGCUUUGGUGAAUUUUGUAAGUAUGUUGGAUUUUUUUUUUUUUUUUUUUUACUGAUUCUUGAAAAGCAUUGCACCCAGAGUCUGGUUCCCAGACAUUGUACCUGGAGCUUUAGUGUUUUUCAUUAAAUUACAUUGUUUUACAUAUUGUAUUUUGCAUUUUGUCUUGUUCAUUGCUCGUUUCACUUGGGACUCAAUAUUUUGGUUUUGGACACAACAUACAGAACAUUUAAGGAAUCUUCAGUUGAGAAUAGGACAAUUUAUAGCUGAAGUGAGUAACUUUUUCGACGUUAAAGUACUAAAUACUUCAACUCUAAGUAAGCCUCUCAUAGGUUGAAUUCCUCAAAAACAGUUAACAUUGUCUCUUUGGCACUAGUCCAAAAAGUUAAAUUUUUGUGGAGGAUCAUGGAGGAUUAAGAUGCCAUGUAGCAAAACGUUUUGUGGUCCGAUGAGACAAAAACCUUUAACUUUUUGGACUGAACUCUAAGCGCUAUACAACCAAACUCAGUACACCACCCAAAACGUAUCCCUAUUGUGUAGCAUGGUGGUGGCGACAUUAUAUUGUGGAGUAUUUUUCUUCAGCUGGGACUGGGCAGCUGGUCAGGAUUGAAGAAAAUGGAUGUUUCCAUGUACAUCCAGAUUCUUGAGGAAAAUCUGCUGCCCUCUGUUCGACAACUGAAGAUAGGCAGGGAGUUCACCUUUCAGUACAACAAUGACCCUAAAAACAACGGCAAAGAAAAAACAACACAGUGGCUUAAAGGAAUAGUUCACCUUAAAAUUCUCUCUCUUACUCACCCUCAUGCCAUCCCAUAUAUGUAUGACUGACUUUAAUCUGCUGAACACAAAGAUUUUUAGAAUUAAUAUUUCAGCUCUGUAGAUCCAUACAAUGCAAGUGAAUGGGUACCAAAAUGUUGAAGCUCCAAAAAACACAUAAUGGCAGCAUUUGACAACUUGAAAAUUUCUGCAAGAAAGAAUGGUGAAAUAUUCCCCAAUCUAGGUGUGUGUAGCUAGUAGAAAAAUAUCCAAAAAAGACUGGUGGCUGUUAUUAAAAUAAAAGGGAGCUCUACUAAGUAUUAAAUUAUAUUGCAGUUAUAAUUUCCCUUGAAACUUAAUGGUUCACAAAGAUGUCAGUUAUUGGUUUGUGUCUUUAGUGUGUGACCACACAUUACUGAUGUUCUCAGUAACCGUCUACAUCCAAAUUGGCUUAUGGACAUAGGGACGACCACUCUUCUGAUAUCAAACACUCAAAAAGCAUCGCAGUGCGACUGUGUAAAAAUGUAAGUAGGUCAUUCCUUCAUGUUUUGAGAGUAACUGUAUGUGACACUCACUGUAGGUGGUAAGAUUAAUGUUAUUUGUUCAUGUUGCAUUAGUUUGUUUACCUUGUUGCAUUGAAACUGUUGAUUUGAAUGUAUAUUUCCAAAACCUCAAGAUUACAAAUGCGCAUUAUUAAUAAAUGGGAACGUUUCCCUAUGGAAGUGAAA